AUGACAAACCUGACGCAGCAGCUUGCAAGGCUUCAGCUUGGUGCCUCUGGAUCACGUUACUGGCCCUCGCAACGUCUCCACGAAGCAUCGUCCAUCUACAUUAAUACUUCUUCUAUCUAUCUGCAAUGUAGCUCUGUCCAUCUCUCUCUGCUCGCGUCGCUACAGUGUCCAGCGCAAAGUGUCCUGUCACUCCGAGACGAGCCUGAGACUCACUUUAUUGGCCAAAGUACAGGCUCCAUGCGCUCCGGACCAGUGUUUCAAGUAUCUUAUGCUUAUAAUAAGACAUUAUUGGUGGCUGUGGAUGAAGAAGGAGCGGUGGGAAUCGUCGAAACAGCCAGAAAACGCUGGAAAAGCCGCUGGACAGCACAUCAGAACGCUAUUUUUGACGUUCUAUGGACACAAGACGACACACAAGUACUUACAGCAGCUGGAGACUUGCAGAUCAAGAUAUGGGACGUUGAGAGAGCCGGAACGAGCUCAUUGACAGCGUCAAAACCUGUUUCGACGCUGAGAGGACAUGACUUAAGUGUAAAAUGUGUCCGUCAAGCUCCAGAUAAUGCUCAUUUCUUUGCUUCAGGUGGAAGAGAUGGAAGGGUAUUGCUAUGGGAUACUCGUGCUACUGAGAAACCUGUGCUUUCAAUGGAAAAUGUGCAUGCAGAGCCGACUUUGUCGAGAAACUUGUCGUCAAAUGCAAGUUUCACGUCGGCUAGCCAGAAAAAAAGACGACGACGGGUAGCAAUGAUUUCAUCUUCACCACGUAGUGUUACGUGUGUGGAAUUCGGGACGACAGGGAACGAGAUCAUAACGGCAGGUGCUGUUGAUGCAGUAGUACAGUUUUGGGACGUGAGACGACUUGGAUCGAGUUCUACUGCCAACUUUGGGAAAAAUAAGGCAGCAAUUAAAUCUCCCGUGCCAGUUUACGAGAUAUCCUGCUCUAGUCAUGAAGGUGCUCGUCGUGGUAUUUCUUCGCUGAUGUUUGGUCCGAGGGGUACUGGAGGUGCAUCUCAUCUGCUUGUGAAUGUGCUGAACGAUUCCAUUGCUGUGAUUGAUACUGGUCAAAAGCAGCAUGAUCCUGGCCAUCACGGCGCUAGAAUUAAUCUUCGAUGCUCUGGGCACCAGACAAGUUCCUUUUACUGCAAAGCUACUUUUAGUCCGAAUGGAGACUUCAUUGCUGGUGCGUCAGCGGAUGGUAUCGUGUACAUCUGGGACUCACGCUUAAAUACUUCAUACGAUGAAGUCAAUUCUUCUGCCUGGUCGAGUCCUGGUGUUUUACAGCGUGCACCAUAUCUUGCGCUAAAGGGUCACACGAAUGAGGUUAAUGGAGUUGCCUGGAGCUCCCGAGACUUUUCUCAACUUGCAUCAUGUUCGGAUGAUGGCACCGUACGGUGCUGGCAGGUUGGCAGCGAAAAGGAUGAACUACAGAGUAGUCAAGAGGAAGAGCGUAGUAACGAAGCUGCAUGUUUCAAAUUACUAUUCGCGUCCGGAGACAAGUCUUGUGAAAAGAGUGGUGUAGCAGAAUGGGCAAACUGGAGCACCUUUGUUCAGCAACCUGACGGUCAUGCAUACCGCGUACGAGGAUACAAGCGAGCAGCAGUCUCUCGGUCAAGCCGUUCUUUAUCUCCAAGCUGCUGCCUGAGAGUACAACUAGAUACGCAACGAGCGUCACCUCAAAGUACGCGACACAAUACUGAACCUCGGUUGCACCCCGUCCACGAGAUUCCUACCGCACAGCAGCUGCCACAGCAAUCACACGAAUCACAGGAAACCCAAGAGGCCCAAUCACAACAAAAGCGUCGCAUAAAGCUACGACGAAAAGCAAAAUCAUUGACUUUACCCAAGCGAGCCCAGAGAACCCUGCUUGAGCUGUGGAAGCAAUAA